ACCCCAUGCAAACAAGAGCUUAGGUCCUACGAGGAAUGUCGCCAGAUGCACGUACAUGAACUAAGGCAAAGAAGCAGCGGAAAUUUAACCUUUUUGCCAUUACAUUUAAACUGUACUAGCUCAUCCCCUAGCUCUCCUACCCACAAGCUCCUUCUAUAAAUUCAGAAACCAACUGCAACCCCAAUUUCAUCAUAACUCGAACUAACUUUAGUUUGAGAGAGACAAACAAAUUACAGAAGGUUAUUCAUUAGAGAAAGAGAGAUGGAAGGUGCUUAUACCCGUAGCCAUAUUCUCACCGUUUUUCUUAUUUUAGUUGCCUUCACUUCUUCUUCAUUCAUGAAGUCAGCUUCAGCAGCAAGACCAGCCGCCGGAGAUACAAAUACAGAGUUUAUAAGAACAUCAUGCAAGUCAACGACUUAUCCAAACCUCUGUUUCAGCUCAUUAUCAAGCCGUGCAACUGCUAUUGGAGUUUCCCCUCAACUUCUUGCCCAUGAAUCCCUCACCGUCAGUGUCGAAACUGCCCAAUCAACAUCGGCUAUGAUGCUAAAGUUGGCACACGUCCAAGGCUUGACUCCGAAAGAGGUCGGUGCCAUGCAUGACUGUGUGGAGGAACUAAGUGACAAAGUCGAUGAACUGAGAAAGUCUUUGGGGGAAAUGAAGCAGCUAUGGGGCAAAGAUUUUGACCUUAAAAUGAAUGAUAUUCAAACUUGGGUCAGUGCUGCCUUGACUGAUGAGAAUACAUGCACUGAGGGGUUUGCCGGAAAAGUCAUGAACGGGAAAGCUAAGACUGUUGUAAGGGGAAAGAUUUUGGAAGUUGCACAUUUGACAAGUAAUGCCUUGGCUUUGAUCAACAGCCUUGCCGGUCUUCACGGCUAAGUUAAAUGUCAACUAUAUAUAUAUAGUGAUACUCUUCUUUUAGAAUAAGUGUACUUAAUUCCAGCUUAAUUAGUUGAUUCCUGUAAUAGCAAAUUAAAGACAUCUGCCUUAGAUGAAUUUCCUACAUGAAAAUUAAAGGUUCAAUAUGCAUUUGUAAUUAAGAAAAUUAUUAGUAUCUUGUCCCUCACCAGUCGUUUGUACUGCGCAACAAGGAGUGAGGGAGCGAUCAAUCAAAAAGGUGUGCUAAAAGUUAAAAAGUGCCCACAGCAAUGAUUAGGUUUACACAGUCCUA